AUGGUCAGCUGCAGAAGAAUUCCAGAAUGGAAUGGGGAGGCGUUCCUGAGGCACCACCCCUACCUGAGGAGCUACUGGCAGCUGAUCCAGACAGACCUAGAGGAGGAGCCUGGAGAGCACAGCCCAAGCACUGGCAGCCUGCGCUUCCGCCACAAGCCACCCAUGGAGCUCAAGGGGCCAGAUGGAAUCCAUGUGGUUCAUGGCAGCACCGGCACACUGCUGGCCACUGACCUCAACAGCCUGCCAGAGGAUGACCAGAAGGGGCUGGGCCACUCACUGGAGACACUGACAGCCAGUGAGGCCACUGCCUUUGAGCGCAACGCACGCACAGAUUCAGCCAAGUCCACCCCUCUGCACAAGCUUCGGGACGUGAUCAUGGAGAGUCCCCUAGAGAUUACAGAGCUGUGA